AUGGCGACACUGCACCUGCGGCUCAGUCCCGAGCCUGACCACGGCCCCGCCCCAGGAGCCCCGCCCACUCCGACCCAGCCGGCCCCGCCCGCCUCGGCUCUGGACACGCCCCCGGCCCCGCCCGCCCCUGACGGAGCUCUGCGCGCUCCCGCGGCGCGGCGCGUUCUCGUGGGCGUCUGUGCGCGGGGAGAAGCCGUCCGGGCCCGCGGCUGCCCUUCGGCCAAGGUUCCGGCCUUAGAGUGGACGGGGCGCGGGCGGCGAGGCCCGCGGGGCAGCCGCUCGGCUCGCACCCGGCGGGAAGCGCGGCUCCCGCAGGGGCGGCUGCGGGGCGGCCAGACCCCGAGGCCGCGCUGGACAGCGAGCCCAGCGGCUUCCCCCGAGCGCGCGCGGGACACCCGGGCCUCAGGGCAGCGGCGGGUCCUCGAGGCGGGAUGGCGAUUUCCCGCCGAGGACGAGGAGCGGCCGGGGCCGGCCCUGCAGGGACCCUGUAAAAUUACUCGUUACCGCCGCCAGAGUCGGAGAGCGGCCUCCACCCGCCGGCGCGCCCUCGUGCUCGCCACAGCCCCGGCCGGGGCGCACCUGCUGCCCCGCCCCGCAGGCGCCCGCGGGAAGCUGGACGGGGCCUGCGCGGCGGUGGCCGCGUCUGCGGGCUGUGGGCCUGAGGGUGCGAGCUUGCAAACCUGGUGGCUUCAUCCAGUCAGUCGGUCAGCCGUCAGUCAGCCAUCAGACAGCCGUCAGUCGGUCAGCCGUCAGCCUGUCAACCAUCAGCCUGUCAGCCAUCAGUCUGUCAGCCAUCAGCCGUCAGCCAGCCAUCAGACAGCCGUCAGCCUGUCAACCAUCAGUCUGUCAGCCAUCAGCCGUCAGCCAGCCAUCAGACAGCCGUCAGCGUGUCAACCAUCAGUCAGCGAUCAGCCUGUCAGCCGUCAGUCAGCCCGUCAGUCAGCCUGUCAGCCAUCAGUCAGCCUAUCAGACAUCAGCCUGUCAGCCUGUCAGCCGUCAGUCAGCUGUCAGCCAUCAGACAGACAUCAGUCUGUCAGCCGUCAGACAGCCGUCCGUCAGUCAGUCUGUCAGCCGUCAGUCAGCCAUCAGACAGCUGUCAGUCUGUCAGCCGUCAGUCAGCCAUCAGUCGGUCAGCCUGUCAGCCAUCAGUCUGUCAGCCAUCAGUCAGCCGUCAGCGUGUCAACCAUCAGUCAGCCGUCAGUCUGUCAACCAUCAGUCUGUCAGCCGUCCGUCAGCCAUCAGCCAGCCGUCAGCCUGUCAACCAUCAGGCUGUCAGCUGUCAGCCGUCAGCCAGCCUGUCAUCCGUCAGCGUGUCAACCAUCAGUCAGCCGUCAGUCAGCCAUCAGACAGCCUGUCAGCCGUCAGUCAGCCCGUCAGUUGUUGCUGGGGCGACAGCUCACAGGAGAUGAGAGCCAGCCCUGCAGAGCUGCUGUGCAAUGGCCACAACAGCCAGGGCGGGGCCAGGCCACAGCCAGGAGCCAGGAGCUCCAUCCGGGUCCUUGUAACCUGCUGCGCCACAGAGGCCGCCCCAGGGCAUGGUUUUCAGGGUCUGGCGCGGCUCCCGGCCGGGCGGUGACGCUCGCAGGACAGCAGGACGCAAAGAGGAGCUGGAUCCAGGGCUGGAGCCAACGCGGUUACCUCGUGCGCCCAGGGCAGCUGAAGACGGCCCCAGCACCCACACCGGGGACCCAGAAGAAGCUCCUGGCUCCUGGCUUCAGCCUGGCCCAGUUAUCCUUCAAAAUGUGAUGGCUGCUUGUCUGUCCGACUGGACCUCGGCCUCGUGUACGAGGUAGAUUGCACGUCUUGAAUGAUCCUAGUAAAGCCAUAAAAACCGGUGCAGGGCCUGCGGCAGGCUGAAAGCCAGGCGGGGCAGUGCCGGGAGGGGCUGGCGCCCCCGGGCCCAGGGUCGCUGGAGAAGUCGCCGGGGUGUCCGCCCUGCUCCAC